UGGAGCAGCCAGUGGGAGUUGGUUUGAUUCUCCGAAACUGAAAGCAGAUCCUAUCAUUCAUCAAGUGCCAGCUUUUCUUGACCAACUGAGAAUGAGAAAUGUGGGGUGCAGUAUGGAGACUGUAAUUUGAUUUUGACAUGGUAAGGUCAAUUUUUGUGGGCUUUGGUUAACAAAGCAGCAAUUGUUCGAUGGAAAUAGAGAGCUGUUUUGUAUCGAUGAUUUAUAAUAUAAUAUGAAGUGUCAUCCCUAUGGCAUGGCCCGCGACCAGUGGCGUAUCUAAGGGAAGGGAAGGGAAGGGAAGAAGCAGGAGGAGGAGGAGGACGGCUAGGUUUCGGCUUCUUCAUCGUCCAGUAAUUGUGCUUGCAAUUUCUGCUUCCUUCAUUCUCUCUCUCUCUGAAUUUUUCAUAAGUCGAGUUGCAGAUACGGGUAGAGAGAAAGAGAUAGAGAGAUGAUGCUGACGAUUAAAUCAGCAAUUCGUCGAAAUGGAAGGCCGUCGCCGUGGAUGUUUAUGAACCUGCAUUUAUCGCACUAUUCUUCUGCUGCUUCUUUGGCUUCGGCUGCAGCAAUUGAGGCGGAGCGAACCAUUAGAGAAGGUCCGAGAAACGACUGGACCCGAGACCAGAUCUACUCCAUUUUCCACUCCCCUCUUCUGGAUCUCCUCUUUCACGGGGCCCAAGUUCAUCGACAUGCUCACAACUUCAGAGAAGUGCAGCAGUGUACUCUUCUUUCUAUUAAAACUGGUGGAUGCAGCGAGGAUUGUUCGUAUUGUCCUCAAUCCUCCAGGUAUAAUACAGGUCUAAAAGCCCAAAAGCUUAUGAACAAGGAUGCUGUUCUGCAGGCAGCUCAAAAGGCAAAAGAAGCUGGUAGCACUCGGUUUUGCAUGGGUGCUGCAUGGAGAGACACAAUAGGAAGGAAGACCAACUUCAACCAUAUUCUCGAAUAUGUGAAAGAAAUAAGGGAUAUGGGGAUGGAGGUCUGCUGCACCUUGGGAAUGCUAGAAAAACAGCAGGCACUGGAGCUGAAGAAUGCAGGCCUUACAGCCUAUAACCAUAAUCUUGACACCUCAAGAGACUAUUACCCUAAUAUUAUAACCACAAGAACAUAUGAUGAACGCCUUGAGACACUCAAGCAUGUUCGCGAAGCAGGGAUCAACGUCUGCUCAGGAGGAAUAAUUGGGCUUGGAGAAGCUGAGGAGGACCGAGUUGGCUUGUUGCAUACACUAGCAACUCUCCCUGCACAUCCUGAGAGUGUUCCCAUCAAUGCACUGGUUGCAGUGAAAGGCACACCUCUGGAAGACCAGAAGCCAGUUGAGAUAUGGGACAUGAUCCGUAUGAUUGCCACAGCCCGUAUUGUUAUGCCAAAAGCUAUGGUCAGGCUGUCAGCUGGCAGAGUCCGAUUCUCCAUGCCCGAGCAAACACUAUGUUUUCUUGCUGGAGCCAACUCCAUCUUCACUGGGGAGAAGCUGCUGACAACUCCCAACAAUGAUUUUGAUGCUGAUCAGCUCAUGUUCAAGCUUCUUGGACUGAUCCCAAAGGCUCCUAGCUUUUCUGAUGAGACAGCUAAAGAUUUGGAAUCAGAAAACUGCGAACAAGCUGUUUCAGCUUCAGGUUGAGAUUACUUCAGUCAUGGUGCCUUUCUUGUGCUGACUUUUAGUCCUGGUUCUGUUGUAUCUAAUAUAUCUGGAUGUUCACCCAACUAAACUCUCAAAGACCUUUAUUGCUUAAGCAUAUUAGCUAAAAGCAUGUCUUUUAGGGAACUUUAGCAGAAACAAAACAAUAAAUUAGAUGAUUAAGUUCUUAUGAUCUGAUUGUAUCAAUUCCAAAGGCUGGUGCUGACAACCUAUAUUUUCUUACUAGGCCUUGCUGCUGUGCCAUCGUGGCAAAGUUUUCCAUGAUGACAUGGCACUCAACAAAUUUAGAGAGAUUAUCUUUCUAAUCA